GGCAAUUUCUUCAAUUCUCCACUUUUUUGAUUACUAGCAUGAAAAAGCGUUACCAAGAUUGGCCUACUUGUGGAAUAUAUAUAUAAGGUGGGAGACAACGACUUUGAAAUCGCAAUGCAAAACAGUGCAGAUUUAAACCGACAAACACUUCUUCGCUUCCACACUUGUUUUUCUUCUUCGCUUCCUAAUGGGUCUUUCAAGUGGUCGUCUCUUAAUAAGAAAUCGAGUGCUUAUUUAAAGCCACAUUCACGUACCUUAGCUGCAAGUUUGAGUUAGUUUUCACAAUGCUUUCGAAGUUGUUUUUCAUUUCUAUACUUUCCUCCUUCAUUUUCAUUACUCAUUCUUGUCUUGACCAUCAGAAAAAGUUGUUGCUUCAACUCAAGGAUGAAUUGAGCUUCGACUCUUCUUUCUCAACAAAAUUGGUGCGAUGGAAUGAAACGGAUGAGUGCUGCAAGUGGCACGGUGUGGAAUGUGAUGCAGCUGGCUACGUCGUUAGUUUGCAGCUCGAUCAUGAGUCCAUUUCUGGUGAAAUCGCGGAUUCAUCGAGUCUCUUCAGACUUGUGCAUCUGCAGAAGCUAAAUCUAGCCUACAAUAAGUUCAACAACACUCGCAUUCCGAAAGGUAUUCACAAUCUCACCUAUUUGACGCACUUGAAUUUAUCCAAUGCUGAAUUUGGUGGGCAGGUUCCACUCCAACUUUCCUUCUUGAGGAGAUUGGUUUGUCUCGAUAUCUCGUAUGAGUAUCUAGGAACUCUAAGUCUUGAGUACCCAAAUCUGGAGAUGCUUGUCUCAAAUCUAACAGGGCUUCGAGAGCUCUAUCUUGAUCGUGUCGGUGUUACUUCCUCUCAUGAGAGGAGAAAAUGGAGCCACAUUAUAUCAUCAUAUUUACCCAACCUCACCACAUUGAGCUUGGUACGUUGUGGUUUGUCUGGCCCUUUAGCUAAGUCCUUUUGGCAACUCCAUUCCCUUUCCAUCCUUCGACUAGAUUGGAACAAUCUUGGACCAGAACUUCCAGACUUGUUCACCAAUUUUCCAAGUUUGACCACUUUGUCUCUUUCUGAUUGCAGUUUGAAGGGUUCGAUUCCACCCACCUUUGCUAACCUAACCAACCUGAUUCGUGUCGAUUUGUCAUAUAACCGCUUCACAGGUUCACUUUCUUCUACGCUGUUUGAAGCUCUUUCCAAUCUUGUUUAUUUAGAUUUGGGGGGUAAUUCGUUCUCUGGUAACAUUCCCCACUCUCUCUUUGCUCUCCCUUCAUUGUUGGAACUUCGUCUUAACUUAAAUGAGUUUAAUGGCACUUUGCAACUUCACAAAUGUCAAAACCUUGCCAAUCUAACCCGACUUGAUCUAUCUUACAAUAGAUUGUCGGUAGAUGUUCGCAACGUAAUUAAUUCAACUUCAUAUGGAAGUCUACAACUAAAAGAGUUAGGACUAGGUUCUUGUAACUUGUCCCAUUUUCCUAAUUUCAUCAAAUAUUUGGAUAUGGAACAACUGGAUCUCUCAGACAAUCGGAUUGGUGGGGAGAUACCUAGUUGGAUUUGGGGAACACAACUUCAGGAUUUGGGCCUCUCUUUUAAUCUUCUAACACAUCUACAAAAGCCUUACCAUAUCCCUGCUUCUCUUGAAUACCUAUUCUUGCAGUCUAACCAGCUCAAGGGUGAGUUGCACCUGCACAUUCCACCUGCGUCUCAACUCAGGUACUUGUCUCUUGCUAAUAACAGUUUAAGUGGAUCGAUUCCAACCUCCCUUUGCAGUGCAACAAACCUUGAUGAUCUUUUUUUGUCUGGCAAUAGAUUAAGUGGUAGCAUACCCCCCUGCCUACUUGAAAACAUUAAAGGAUUAGAUCUAGGCCAAAACAGCAUCAGCGGUAGCAUUCCAGAUAAUUUUCCUAUGGAUUGUGAGCUACGAUAUUUGGAUGUUAACAAUAAUAAUUUAGGAGGGAAAAUCCCAAAGUCCCUUAAAAGUUGCAAGGUGUUGAAGUUCUUGAACGUAGGGAACAAUAACAUCAAUGACAGUUUCCCGUGCAUGCUAUCAUCGACGUUGCGCUUUCUUGUUUUGCACUCUAACAAAUUCUAUGGGGAAGUAAGAUGUCACAACAUGAGCUGGCCAGAUCUCAAAAUUCUAGAUAUAUCUUCCAAUAAUUUCAAUGGAAAUCUGGAAUCAAUAAACUUUUCUAGUUGGAAGACAAUGAUGCUACAGAGUGAUGAAGCCAAGUCAGUUUUGUAUUACUCAGUAAGCGUCACAUUAAUCAUGAAAGGGAUAAAUUUAGAGUUUCAUAAGAUUUUGCCAGAGUUUGGUACCAUUGAUUUCUCUUGCAAUAAUUUCGAAGGAGAGAUACCAAAUGCAAUCGGUGAUCUUACCUCACUUCAUCAGCUCAACUUCUCCCACAAUGCCCUCAACGGAAGCAUCCCAAACACAUUUGGUCAAUUGAGGAACCUCGAAUCUCUCGAUCUCUCUGGAAACCGACUGACGGGGCUGAUACCGGUGGAGCUUGCAGGGCUCACAUUUCUUCAAGUCCUGAACCUGUCCUACAAUAAGCUGGUUGGAGAGAUCCCAAAUGGUCGUCAGUUUCAAACAUUUCCAGCUGAUUCCUUCAAAGGCUUGUGUGGUUUCAAUCUCAACAUAAGCUGCAGUGGUAGUGAUGGCAGUGGUCAUUUGGCGCCACAAGAAGAUGAAAAUGGGGAAGAGAAGAGUACUGAGAUCGAGUGGGAAUACGUAUGUGCUGCAGUUGGAUAUGUUGUGGGCUUAGGAAUCAUUGUGUGGCUACUUUUGUUCUGCCGAAGCUUCAGAGAGAAGUACUUUGGCAAAGUAGAAGAGAUGUUUGAAGAUAUAUGCGAUGCCAGAAUCAGAAGAAGAAGAAUGGCAAGAAGAGUAGUGAGGAAUCAAGUGAGGAGACAUUAGUGUUGGCAUUGCUAGUUUGGUUUUUGAAGAUUUAUGUUGACAGUUUGGUCUGACAAAGACUUGUAAUAAAUAGCAUGUUUUUUGUAUGUUUUUAUGUUAAGAGUUUGGCUUGACAAUGACUUGUAAUAAACAUAAUCUUAUUGAAUAUAUCUUUGGCAUUUUUUAUGUCAAA